UUCAAAGAAGAAUAGAGCCCGUAACUUAAUUCUCAACAUCAACUGAUCCCUAUACCAAUUUGAUGGGUUACUUCUUUCUCUCUCUAUUUUGCUUUGUAAGUCUUAGCUCUCUGGUGCAGUCUCAGCUUGAUUACAACUUCUACAAAUCGAGUUGCCCUAAUUUAACAAGGCUGGUUAAGGGUGCAGUGUGGGCAGCUGUUAAAAAUGACUCUAGGAUGGCAGCCUCUCUUCUACGUCUCCAUUUUCAUGACUGCUUCGUUAAUGGGUGUGAUGCAUCACUACUUUUGGACGACACUGCCAAUUUCACAAGCGAAAAGAAUGCGGGGCCGAAUCGGAACUCAACAAGAGGUUUCGAGGUUGUAGACACCAUCAAAGCAAGUGUCGAGAAGGAGUGUCCUGCCACUGUUUCAUGCUCUGAUAUUCUUGCUCUUGCUGCUAGAGACUCCGUUUUCCUUAUGGGUGGUCCUUAUUGGUACGUAUAUUUGGGAAGGAGAGAUGGGAAAGUUGGGAGUGAAAGUGCAGCAAACAGUGAAAUACCAGGGCCUUCGGAAUCCCUAGAUAAAAUUACUGACAAAUUUGUGGCCAAAGGUCUCAAUCUCAAAGAUGUUGUUGUACUCUCAGGUGGACACACCUUCGGGUUUGCCAAAUGCUCCACCUUCAGCUCAAGGCUCUUCAACCACAGUGGCACAGGGAGCCCAGACCCAACCCUUGAUUCCACUCUUUUAGAGGACUUACAAAGUCAAUGCCCCAACAAUGCCUCAGAUACAUCAACCAAUUUGGCUCCCUUAGAUCGAGUCACCACUAACUAUUUCGACAAUGUUUAUUACAAGAAUUUGAUCAACAAUUUGGGCCUUCUCAAAUCGGAUCAAGCACUGUUAACCAAUAACCAGACAGCUUCUAUGGUGGCUAACUACAGUUACAAUCAAUAUCUCUUCUUCAAGGACUUUAUGGUCUCUAUGGUGAAGAUGGCCAACAUAAGUGUCCUCACUGGACAAGAUGGAGAUAUCAGGAAGAAUUGCAGGUUUGUCAAUGAUGCAUGAGCUUGAGUUCUAGUGAGAGAGAGUGAGUUUAGAUGUAGAGAAAGAAAGAGAGAGUGGGAUGGAUUGUUAGAAAAGAGCCAAUGGUUUAGUGCAAGGUUUCUCACAUGUCAAGAUGGAAAGUUUAGGGAGAAGUGUAUGCUUGUCAAUUAUGUAUUAAUGGGCUAAUGGUAAGUGUUGCGAAAGAAAAGUA